GUUGUUUAAGUCGCUUAAAAGUCGCUAUGACCUAAGUCGGUGGGUUUUUGAUUGAUAAUUUUUUUGAUGUCGGGCGGUUGCGUACAUGUAUCAAUCAAGUUAGAUAUCUUACAUCCAGAUUAUUUGUGUGAUCUUGUAAAUAAAACACCAGAAUCGGAAAUUCGUGGAUGUAAGAAUGUGUUUGGGGAAUCUGUUACAAAGGGAUCUAUAUUCCUUGACGCACUCGAUUUCCAGCGCAAUAAAAUUAAAAAUCUUCUAAAUGAAACACUCAAAGAAAAGUUGAGCACAUCCAAUAAAGGGUUGUUAUCUACUGCGCAAAAAGACUUAGACGCAAUGGAGAAGAAGAGGAAGAUAGCCAGGUCCGUAUAUGAUGAAAUGCUUCAAUAUGGUAAAAGACUUCUAGAAUGCAUCAGAAUUUUAAAGGAUGUCAGUGAUGAGUUACAAAAUGUUUCGUCAUUAAGAUGUAACAGCGUAAUUAAUGGAAUGUUCAAGGAUAUACCGUCGUUGUUUAAAGUCCAUGAACAUUUGACUGAAAGUUUUGAUUCCUGUGAAGCUGAAGACAUAGAAUUGCCCUCAACUUUUACCAGUGACAAGGAGAUGCAAAUCUUGAAUAUAUACAAGAGCUUCUUAUGUCGUUAUGCAGUGAAUUUCAAGACUUUUUCGGAAAUGUAUUCCACGAAUGAAGAGCUUCAAAAUAUAUGUAAAGGUAUCGUUGCAAAAUCUCAGUAUCAAGAGCAACGUAUUCAGAAUGUUCCUGGGAUGUUCUAUGGUGUCAGCACAGCAUUACCACGAUACAAAGAUCUCAUUUAUAUUAGGGCUUAAAGGAACCAUGCUUCCGAGCGACCCAGAAUAUACAAAUGUCACAAAGGCUUGGAAUUUCAUCAAGGAUUUAUUGGAUCGUUCGGAACAAGAAAUUAUUUUGCAGGAGAAAAUGUUGAAUGCUAGAGAAGCACUUGGUAAACUGGAUGGUCUUCGUGUAAAGUAUACUCAAAUUCCGUUACUACAUCUAGAAGGUCCCGCAAAGAAACUACCUAGACGUUCAAUACAUAGACGGCUUUUGGAUAGAUAUUUAUUUCUUUUUUCCGAAUAUUUGGUCAUGACUGAAUCCCCUAAUGCCGUUGGUCGUUAUCAAGUUAAGUCAGAGAUAGGUUUGGCUGGAAUGACAUUAUGUGAAGUCAAAGAUGAUGAAGAAAUCAAUGUUGAACACUGUUUUAGAAUUAAAGCGAAAGAGCUAUGCGUCGAGGUUGCUUUUUCAAAUGAUGACGAAAAACAACUUUGGUGGCGUGAACUUCAACAGGCUAUUGAUUGUGAAUGUAAUAAACCGAAUAGUAAUUGUUUCAAUGAAAAAAAGUCAAUAAUGAGUGCAAAUAAUUUAGGUGAAGUUGCAGCUCAAUGGGUUAAAGAUGAAUCAUCCACUAUGUGUACAAAUUGUUGUACAGAAUUUACUACACUUAAUCGACGACAUCAUUGUCGUGCAUGUGGCAAGUUAUUUUGUGGUUCCUGUUCAGCAUAUAAAGCUCCAUUGGAAUCUUGUGGUGGUAAAUAUGAACGAGUAUGUGUUGUAGACUAUUAUUUACUUAAUAAGAAUUUCAAACCUCCAAAACCUAAAAUUAUGGAGGCGAUAUUGCGUCGAGUAGACAAACAGCAACCACCUCAACCAUUGAGAACUGGUUUCUUAAUGUGGAGUCAUUUCAAUAAUUCAUGGUCUACAAAAUCACCUAUUCGACUACCAAAAUCUUCCGUACAGUAUCGAUCUGUUGAUACAAGUUCUGAAAUACGAAAAGAAUUGCUUCGUGAUAUUGGUCCAUUUAACUCUUCUAGCAAAUUUGCAUGCAAAAACUCUUCUACAGAUCCCGUGGACAAUCAUCAUGAUUCAAAUACCAAAUCAACUUCUAAUUCACUGCCUCACAUCAACAAUCGAUCGUUCGACUCAUCAAUUAAUAUAGAAUCGACAAAUCAUAAAUCAUCAUCUGCAUGCCUAUCUCGUUUAUUUUGUGUUUUACAAACGGAUACUUCAUUCGAAUUCUACGCUGCUCGUGCUGAUACACGUGCAGUAGAUAAAAUUACUGUGAUAGGUUUACGUUUAUUCUACCUAGAUGAUAAUUUGAAUGAUACAUUUUCAAAUCACAAUGGUAAUUUAUCAACAAUACAACAACCUACGCUGCAUACUAAAGCACGAAGUUUUGAUAAUUCGUCUAAUGUGAACAAGGAUUUUCCUGAAAACACUAUUGGGUCAUUUAGACGGGAAUAUUCUAGAUUAUAUAGACAAGGUAAUCCUAUAUAUCGAAACUGUAAACCUCCUCCACGGGAUCGUAACAUAUUUGAUCAUGGAUUUUCUAGUGAAACAUCUAGUCUUUCAGAUGUAACAUCUUUAUCGAAAUCUUAUAUCAAACCAUCAUCAAUUAGUACCUUAGAAGCUGAUAGAUUAUCGAACCGAUCUACACAAUCUUGUAGAGAAAGAUCCUCUAAAGAGAAUCAUAAAAAUUCUGUAUGUAAUUUUUCUGGUGAUCAAUCCAAUGAUGAUGAGGGAAUUGUAACUAACAGUGAAAUAAUAAAACAUGUAGAAACAAUCAGUCCUGAGAUAUUGGGUCUUCUGCGUAAUAAUUUAGGUUUUCUUCUGUUACCUUUAAAUACAGACCGUCCAGCACAUUAUUUUGAAGCAACAACAGUAGAAAUCAGAACACAAUGGAUCAAUUCUAUUCGUCGUGUUUGCAUAGAUUUCAUGUCCUCUCCGCCUUCCAGGUGAACAAGAUAGAGAGGUGAAUGCAUCUACUACCAUCUAUCGGUCAAUAUUUUUGGAUAGAAAUAACAAAUAAAAAGUUGAUGUUAUCAGAUUAUCUUGUAAGAUGUCUGUUUGUUUGUUUGUUUUUUAUAUAUUUUAAUGCCAUAUGUUUAUUUGUUAUUUUGUUUGUUGAAACAACAACAACAAAAAAGAUCUUUUUUACCUCUCUUAUUCUUUCAGUAUGUUGCGUUACGUUACUUACAAGUAGUAUGUUUAUUUUUUUAUGAAUAUAAUGAAAUUGUGACUUAAUUUCAUCUUGUUGUCAUGGCGUCUCUGUUCCAUGAAUUACUUUUCUAUAUUGUUUUUAUUCCUCAUAUUGAUGAAUUAUGUUGUUUUUUUUGUUUUUUUUAAACGGGCAUAAGUUCGAGUCUUUUCUACUAUUUAUAGUAACUUUAUUUUAUAUUUUUCUAGUGUUUUUUUUUCUUAUUCUACCGUAUUUUUGAUUGUUUAUAUUGUGUUCUUUUCUCCAUCACAUAAUUGAAUAUGAUUUUCUUUUUGUUUAUUCCAAAUUUACUUUUAAUGGAUGGAUGUAAAUGGGAAGGUAAGAUAAUUCUAUGCUAUUUCUAAUAGUCUAUGUGGUUAGAGAUUACUGGAAUAUUGGGUUUCAUUAAUUUUUUCGAUUUUCAAUCUGAUUAUGGGUCAUUCAUUUUGUUGAAUAAGACUUUUUUUUGGAAAUAAUUAGUGUCAUUUUAAUGAUUUUGAUUGAUAUCCAGUACUUUAUCCAGUACCCUAAACUUUGUUAUAACUUACUGACUGAUACAGAAAUACAGUUCUACAAUGUUGAGAUGAUAUUUUUUGGCCUACUGAUCUGACUACAAUUUUGUUGUACAACGAUGUUAACGAACUAUACAUCCUGGCUACACUCGUAGAUAACAAACGAUUUAAUUCGCGUUAAAGAAUAACAGAAUAAACUAUUCCAAAUUAUGAGAAUGAACCUUGAAUACGUAUAAUUUCGCACACAUUUUGAUUCAUACAAAUAAAGCGGAGAAGCAGACAGGAGAAGGCACGUGUGCCAACUAAAUUUGAUAAAGUGUGAUUAAUAUUUAUAUCCAUAAAUUAAUAAGCUAAAGAUAAUUGAUGAAUAGGGUAAGUGGUACACAGAUGCGCUCAUAUAAAAAUAGUCAAGGUUAGUAAGCUAAUAAGUGACAAAGUCAAAAUAAAACUCCAGAAGAAUAAAUAAGUUAGUCUGUCCGGAGGCUAGAAUAAUCUAUAUGGACUUGACAUAGUAUUAGACAUGACAAACAUGUAGACCAGUUUAUUAAACGAUGAAAGAACAUCCACGACAAAAUAUAAUUACUGUUUGGUAUCGCGCACUAACUUGAACUGAACAGUCACUAAAGACGAGAAAGCUCUGAAGAGCCACUUCUUACAAGUAUGGGUACCUUCAGAAAAUUGCGUCAACUACCUCAGCAUCCAUCGGACAAAGAAUAUUCAAGCUUUUCUUAGAGCUGUCCACCUUCAGAAAAUUAGGUAGUCUGAAUCUCCUGUAAUACUAAAAUAUAAUUGCGUUCUAAUGUCUACUAGCUUCAAUGCAGUUUAAUUCCAGAUUGCUUUAAAUGAGACUUUCUUCAGCAAUGUAGUUUUUUAAUGCAAUCAUUGUUUGUAUUUCUCAAUUUAUUUCAUGAUCUUGACUAUAGAGCUUUGAAAUGUACAGUGAAAACUAACACAUACGUAUUAUAUUUCUAAAAGAUAUUUAGUAACAGUCCCAUCAGAAUGUUAAGUUAACUAUACACUUAAAAUUAGGCAUCGUCACAUUUCGAAGAUAUUGGAAGUGCUUGUCAGUUGAAGCUGUCAGUUUUACAUGAGUUUUCAUGAAAAGCAAUGAGUUCAUCACAUUUUUUUUUCAGUACAAGAUUAUUGAAUGUUACAUCUGUAAAGUUGCUGGAAUUGUGUACUGAUAGUCUAAAAUAAAUUUCUGAGCCUAAAUCAUUUCAUAUUGAUUGAUUACUAUCCUAGUGACUAAAUUUAGUCAAGUUUUAGUUAGUUAAAUGAGUGUUGUCAGUUAUUUCAGAACUGUUGCCUCAAAUCUCCAAUUAUUUUAUCUUUGUUUGAAUAACUAUUUAGAACAACAUAGAUAAUGUAAGCGAACAAUAUUGUUUUCCAUUAGAUCCUCAUCAGGCUUUACUCUAAUAUAC